GUAGAUCAUUUUAUUCAAGUCGUGUUUUGUUUCUCAGCACAAACAUCUGUUUCUGCAGAGGUUUAUGAGACACACUGCUUUAAUCGUGUCAGAUCAGCAGGGACUGUGGUGCACUCACUGUUUGUGUGAGGAGUGUGUGUGACAGUCCGUGGUUGUAGUAAUUCCGUCACUACUAUGGAAUGCUUAUUGGAAAAGGCUAUAAUUUCACGUGGGGGGGUGCUUAGCAAAGGGUUCAAGGCAGUGCAGCGUGCGACUCAAAGCAAUAAUAUGCAGCGAUUACACAUGCAACCAAGUUUCCAAAAAACAAUGACAACAUAACAACAACAAAAAAUUCAAAAGCAAAAAAAAAAGUCACAAUACUUGCCCAUGAAGUCCAGUUAAUGACUUAAAUUUGAUUUGAUGGAUUCAUUUAAAGAUAUUUCAGUUUCCAUUCCAGUUUUUCUUAGUUAUGAAGUUACGAGAUUUUCACAGAUGUGGAUCUUUCUAAUCUGGUGCAUCAUCAAUAAUAGAAAUGUUUACAUUAAAAUGUGCCCUCAAAUUACCACACCAAUGCCCGUGACCACACAGUACAACUCUGAUCAUUCAAACUCAAACUUUAAAAAGUGACAAACAUACAGCCUAGAAGCACAUCAGACAAUUUGAAGUAAUUACCCAGUUAUUCAGAAGACAUGUUAUGCUGUUCUGAAGUGACAACGGAGGACACAAACAAACUGUCCUCUUGCGGUCAAGUCUCGCGUGAUUUGUGCAGAGGAUACAGUAACAACAAUAAUAAAAGAUGGAUUUGGCAUCAUUUUUGUGUCUACUACUGACAUCAUCUUCUGAGUUCCCAUCCUGACACUUGUUAGUCAAAUUAGGGAUGUGCCCCAUUGUCCUAAUGCCCUACUAAUCUGUGUGUGUCAAGUACUGUCAUUGCAGAGAGUUGACAAAGAGGCUUCUUCACCAUGAUCCCUCACUGCUGUGUCAGGCCUCUGACCCAUAUCUACACAGCGACAGCUGCAGCAGCUUUGUAUGGGCCAGCUGUAGCAGACAGUGACCGAUCGUCUUUCCAUGGCCUGUCAUCCGUCCAGCACAGGCUCCUACACUGUGGUCAUCAUCCCACUCAGGACGAGCCUCUACAGCCUGGACGCACUUCGCUUCUACCUAUGGAUUCAGCGCAUGAGGGAUCUAGAGAAGGAGAAGGACGCCCUGUGGUCAGGCCUGGACAUUCUGGAGAAGUCUCGGCUCUGGUACGUCCAGCGGCUGGAGGAGAACAGGAUGCGACAGGACAACGUCGAGACCAAAGGGACGUUUGACUCAGCUCAGACUCGGUCCUGCCUCCUCAGGUCUCGUAUCCUCAGGGUUAAUGGUUCUCUGGGCUCAGUGAUGUGUGAGCCAAACGUCACGAGCAAAAGCGACCCUUCCCUGCCUGAAACUGUGGCGGACAGCGACCUCCGGUGGCACAACACGGUGCUGACUCAGGAACUGAGUGACAAAAAUCAUCGGAUCUCCACGUUGGAGCUGGAGAAAGACGCCCUCCUCGAGCAGCUGUAUGAACUGCAGGCUCACUGACUUUCCAGCACACACACGUGUGUGUGUUAAAACGCACCACACGCUGCACUGCAACAUUUCAAUGAAUGUCAUACACUUAAAAUGCUUCCUAACGGCUUGUAUGUAAAUAUGUAUUUAAAUUAAUAAAUGACAAUUAAUGAUCCAA